AACACUCCCAAUGGAUUAGAAUGACGAAGGAAUGGCGUGGUGCCCAAGACCAAGCGGACUUUAAUCCUAGGACGGGAAGUAGCGUGUGGGAGCCCCCAAAGAAAGCCCUCCUCCUCCUCGCUCCUCACUGGACAAUUCUAAUCAAGAAAGCUUCUUCGCAGGGGGAUGGGCAGUUGGUUAUGGACACCGCAUCCGCACCUUGCUCCCCGAUACCAGCCGCAUCUAAAUCCUCUUCACAAUCGCACCAGCUUUUCUGAUUUUCAUCACCGCCUUCACUCGGUCAGCAAUCGCCCUGCUGGUUGGACACCUAUUUCUCUAUUCCAAAACAGAAUUUAUUGCAACUCUGACGAUAGCGGCAAGAAACAAUCAGAGACAACAGGCAUUCAAGUUUACAGUCAAAUUGAGAGAUUGCUUACUGAGACUGUUAAGCAAUCUCAAGAUGCUUGGGGUGGUUCAAGUGACUGGAGUGAAGUUGAGGGAGCAUGGGUUCUGAAACCAAAAAACUCAAAGCCACGGUCAGUUGUACACUUUGUUGGUGGUAUAUUUGUUGGAGCUGCCCCUCAGCUUACCUACCGUUUGUUUCUUGAGCGCCUCUCUGAAAGGGGCAUUCUGGUGAUUGCCACACCAUAUGCUAGUGGAUUUGAUCACUUCUUCAUAGCAGAUGAAGUGCAGUUUAAAUUUGAUAGGUGUCUUCGAUUUCUACAAGAAACAGUACAGGAUCUUCCUACUUUUGGCAUUGGGCAUUCUCUGGGAUCUGUUAUCCACCUUCUGAUUGGAUCAAGGUAUGCUGUGCAAAGAAGUGGAAAUGUAUUAAUGGCAUUCAAUAACAAGGAGGCGAGCCUAGCUAUUCCACUAUUCUCACCUGUUCUUGUCCCAAUGGCCCAAAGUAUUGGACCACUUCUAUCGCAAAUUGCAUCAUCACCUACAGUUCGCCUUGGGGCAGAGAUGACUUUGAAGCAAUUAGAGAACCUUAGCCCUCCCAUAAUGAAGCAAGUUAUUCCUCUGGUGGAGCAACUUCCUCCAUUGUACAUGGACUUGGUCAAGGGAAGAGAAGAUUUUGCUCCAAAACCUGAAGAAACUCGUCGGCUAAUAAAAUCAUACUAUGGAGUUUCCAGGAAUCUUCUGAUAAAGUUCAAAGAUGAUACAAUUGAUGAAACUUCAACACUAGCACAGGUUCUUGCUUCAGAUUCUGCCAUUAGUUCACUGCUGGAUAUGUCAAUUCGUUUGCUCCCUGGGGAUCAUGGUCUUCCAUUGCAACAGGCUCUCCCAGAUGUUCCCCCAGCAAUGGCUGAUGCAGUAAAUCGUGGAGGUGAGUUUUUGGCUAACCUGACCAUUGGGACUCCUUGGGAAACAGUUGCCAAAGAAGUAGGCAACACAUUAGGUGUAGACUCAAAGAUCCUUAGGGCAGAAAAUUCAAAGGACCUGGACAUGCUUGUGGAUGUGAUCACAUCUUGGUUGGCUUCAAACACAGGUCCGAAACUUCUGAGGCAUUGAUAGUUUGGAAAAAUUCAAUUGGCUUUUCAUCCAUGCAAAGAUUAGUCUGAUACAUUAUGGACACAAGACUGCUGUGAUGUGGCUGUCUAUAUGUUCAUGGUUUACAAUACAUUUUAAGGUCUGUCCAAUUGCAGUGCUUCAGCAAAUAUAGAUUUCUGCAAUUUGCAGGUAGUGUACAUUUAUCUUUCUGUUAAAGACAACGUUGUAAGAGAAACAGGCACACAGGUAUUAACAUCAAAAUAGAGUUGCUAUAUUCUUGUAGAAACAUGGCCAUCCUUGCCUAAUGGUCAGAGUUAUUUCACUUUA